GUUUAAAUUUGUGUGUGUGUAUUUUGAACUUAUCUUACCUCAGGGAAACACAAUGGAUAUGUAUGACGGUUAAAAGAAAUGAGUAAAAAUGGCAAAUGAAAACAUUCUGGUUUGAGCAGACUCCCAGUGGCCCUUCCAGAAAGAGACAAACAGGAGGGGGUAAAAGCAAUGCCGCAGCCAUGAGUCCGGUAGCAAAUGAAGAUUUUCAGCACAUAAUGCGUAUCCUGAACACCAACAUUGAUGGAAAGCAGAAGAUUAUGUUCGCUCUCACUUCCAUCAAAGGUAUCGUCCGCCGAUUUGCUAACAUCUGCUGCAAAAAAGAUGACAUCGACAUGAACAAAAGGGCUGGAGAGCUGUCUUCUACUGAGAUUGAAAAUCUGAUGACGAUCGUUGCAAACCCCCAUCAGUUCAAGAUCCC